UUGGCUGGGGCGGUUAUGACCUCGGUGGAAGGGCCGGGGAAGGGGUGCAGGUCAGAGGCGGUGGCGGGCGACAACGGUGACCGUGGCAGCGAGAUGCGGACCGACAGGGACGGCAAGCAAGACGACGAUGCGGUGGUGGUGCUCGGGUUGGUGGCCGAUGGCGUGGGAGAAGAGGCAGAGCGGACAGAGCUGGAUGGGAAAGGCGAGGAGAAGGGCGAGGAGGGAAAGGCUGGCGAACGACGCGGACGCAGAUGCCGGCGGGGUGGCUCGGAGCGGCGGCGGCGGCGAUGGCGGACGCGUCGCGGCGUAGGGGAGCGCAUGCUGCGGCGAGUGGCACGGGCAGAGUGGCGGAGAGCCGGCGGUGGUGGAAGUGGCGAUAUACUUGACUCGAUAGGAGCCAUGGCAGCAUCCGAAUCGGAGACGAACCAGGUGUUGUUGAAGGUGCUGACGAAGCGGAUCGAUGCCUUGGAGGGCACCAUUGCGAAGCAGGCGAGCACCAUUGCGAAGCAGGCGAGCACCAUUGCAAAGCAGGCGAGCACCAUUGCAAAGCAGGCGACGGAGGCUGCGGACACCAUUCGCGAGCGGGAGCAGCUUAUGGAACAUCAAGACGAUGAGGGCUACGGACCGCUGUAUCUGGCUGCGGUGAACGGAUCGACAAAGUGCGUCAAGUGGCUCAUCCGCCACGGCGCACGGCUGCAUGCGCUCACCUCGGCCGGCUUUACCCCACUCCACGGUGCGGCAAAGUACGGCGAGCUGGAGGUGGUCCGGCUGCUGGCGGAUGCCGGCGCCGACGUUGCCGCCACCGACCGCCAUGGGCGGUCGCCGCGAGAUCUGGCUCGGCGCGGACGGCACAGCUCGGUGGUGCUGUAUCUCGAAUACGCGCCUGAUGGCCGCGAUGCCGACGCGGCGCCUGUUGGCGAGCCGCUCACCGAUCCGCGGCUCCAUUCGCCGUCGCUCGGGCGGGUGGACGACGGCGGCGGCGGUGAUGGCGGGGUGUACUCUGCGUCAAUCUCGUCGGCCGACGACGAGGACGACCCGUUCUCGUCGUCGUCGUCGGCAUCGUCGGCGUGA